GAAGUUUAUCCAAAAGUGUACAAGAUAAUACAGUAAAUUCCUUCAAUUGCCCCAAUUCAAUUUAACCAAUGUUUCUUCUUUAAUAGAUUAAUCCUGCUAUAACCACUUAUCAAAAUCUCUCGAAUACUUAUUCAACAGUUGUUCCUUUUAAUGGAAUCAAUUUAUUAAAUGUUGCCAAGGCAGCUGAUUAUAAAAAAUAUGCAAGGACAAUAUUACAAAUGUUAUUUACAGUUGAUGAACUCAGCGAUUCAAUCUUGAUCGCUAAUCCAAUCUAUAAUAAACCUGGAUUAGAUCCAACAAGAAUGGCUAAAUGGACAGAUGCGGUUUCUGCCCGAUUCAAAAUUGAUCCUGUGCGAUUUGAUGAUUUUUUCCGGACGUGCCUCAGACGGACUUUGGCACAAAUGUUAUGUGAUACUCGUCGUAAACACAAACGGUUAAUGAAAAAUGUUGGUGCUCAACGUCACUCUGCUCCAACAUCUGCUCAAUCUGAUCAUGGUAUUGUUGGUUUGCAGUCUGUGGUAUCAGGUAGUCCAGUCAUGCAAGCUGGACAACAAGUGCACAAUCGGAAUAUUCUUCAUUGA